AUCGAUACCAGAACAAUGCUUUGUUAUGAUUGAGGAGCGUCAUUUAGUUACGGGCAGUUAAUCUGAAGACAGUGUAAGACCCAAAGCAGCUAUUCAAAUCGAGGAUUUUGAUAUGAGAUUAUUGGCUUCAAUCGAAGCUUUACUAGCCUGGAUCCUGUUUUUCGGCAAUGGAUAUUUUAUGGAUCAUCGAAAACUGGUGGACGCCCUCCUGUAUCCAGAAUACCGCACUAUGGAUGAAUAUGUUGAUGUAGAUGGCUCAAAUGGCAAGAGGUCUAAACAUUGGUACCGUGGAGUACACCACAGAAUAGGACCCAAGAUGACUUGCAACUGCAGUUGGGGAUCUGUGCCAGGUAACCAAGUAAAGGCCAAAAUUGUUGGAGGGAAAAUAGUCGGCAGAAGAGAGAACUACCCAAUGAUGGCAGGCCUUCAGGAUAAUAUCGAAGAAUGCAUGUACUGUGGCGGCACCGUUCUCACAGAAUACCACGUUCUCACGGCUGCGCACUGUAUCUACGAUGAAGAUCCCAAAAUGGUUAGCAUAGUAGUCGGCGUCAAGAGCAGAUGUAGGGGUGAGUAGUAGAAUAUUUUUAAUCACCUUUUUUUCUCUCGUAACUCCGAAAGUUCUUCACCGAUUUCUUUGAAAUUUUGACACAACGUUGCAAUAAGCCUGCCCAUAUCAAAGAACGUCCUAAAAUGGUUCCUUUUCUUCUUAUUCAACCGAUCUCAGACAGUUGCAAUCACGAGGUGUUCCUCAGGGUUCCUCACUCUCCUCGACCAUUUUUUCUAUCUAUAAUAGUGACCUUCCUGACGCCAUUCGACACUCCUGUUACCACAUAUAUGCCGAUGAUUUCCAAAUUUACCGAGCAUUUUAAUCUUCUGAGAUGCCUUAGACUGUCCUGAAACUAAAAGAGGAUAUCGACUGCAUCAACAAAUGGACGGAAAUAAGUGAAUUAAAACUAAAUGCAGAUAAAACCAAGGCUAUUCUCAUCGGGUCCAGACAUCUCAUUAGCUCCUUUCCUAAUUUUCCUCUACUUAACAUCAAUAACCGUCCCAUCCAUUUUUCCCUACAGUCAAAAACCUAGGAGCACAUAGGAUUAAACUAAACCUAAAUAAAUAAAUUAAACCUAGGAUUUAAUUUUGGGAGGAAGGGCUUCAGUCCCAAGUAUAUUUUUUCAUACAUAUAAUUAAUUUGAAAAAGGAAAGAAAGAAACUAACUACACAUAUGACGUGUUGUCUUAGUGAUUCUUGAAGUCCUAUUAAAUGUAAUUACACGAACAAUAAUAGUUUAAGAGAUAGUUUUAAAUAUUUUUUUCUAUAAAACAUAGUUAUAUUUUACCAUUUUGGGGGGAGGAGAUUCAGCUCGAAAGCCCUCCCCCCUCCCGUAGAUCCGCCUGCAUUCAUCCCUGCCGCAACAUCCAUUAAUCUGUCCGUACAUGUUUAACAACAAUUAUUCAAAUAAAUAGAAUAAAAAUUAUAACUGUUGUCAGUUAAAAAGUGAUGAAGGUCUCUACUAGCAUUAAUGUCACAUGAUGCGUUAGCAAUACUAUCGGCAAUUCCUUAUAGUUUCGCUAAUAUGGUGACUAUCAAGUGAUGAGGAAGAAGUGAGUAAGUAUCGUGUGUCCUUUACUGUCAGAUCAGACCUUCACUUCAUUCUUUAUCAUUUUUAACUUGCUCUGAGAACUUCCAUCCCACUUAGACAGCCAUCUGUCUUCAAUUUAUUUUUCAAGGGGUUUGGUUAAGUCUGAUGGAGUUAAAAACCUUUUCCCCGUCCAGGGGUGUGCAGUGCUAGCGCCUCUCUAGGAGUACAGUGGCUUAAUACUAUUAUUAUUAAGCCACUUUAUCUUGCUGCUCUAUUGUCCAGUUCAUUUCUUAAGAUUCUCACGUGACUUGGGAUCUACACAAAUCUUAAUGUCAUUCCUAGGUUUAGUAAAAUAGUUAGUUAGGUGUGAAUGCACUAGAUUUUUCCGGAAAAAUAUAAUCUAGUCCCUUUAACGAACUUAAAGAGUCAAUAAUUAUUGGUAUAUUGUAAUGACUUGAAGACAAAUAGAAAUUAAGCGCCGCUGCAAUCGCAUUAAGUUCGCCAGUGUAUAUGUUUAAUUUAUAGGUUAGGUUAAUUAUGAUUAAUUUAUCGUUCAAGGUUUGUGAAGUUUAAUUUUAUGGAUGCGGUCAAAUGAAUACUAUAUAUCAAAAUAGUAUUGUUUACGCCAGUACAAAGUGUCAUGGCCGCAACUACAGAUCAAUGCUUCAUUGAUUCUUGCAUCGCUCUGUCUUUGUUUUCUUUUCAUAUAAUUAAUUCUGCAAAUACUGUUGCUAUAAUUAGUGAACAGUGAGCUUAUGUACAUUUGAACAUUUUCACAUGAAAUGAUGAGGUGAGAGAUAUUUAUUAAAAAUUGUGUUUAAUAGUUAAUUAAUAUUAGUUUGGUAGAGAAAGCACAGCUGGUCGGUGAUUCCCUUUACAGUUUCAUUGGGACGUUCUAACUUAUCCUCAAUACUCCCCAAACCAUGAAAUAAAAACGCACCUCAAUGAAUACUUUGCUUAUGAGUCUCAACAAUUUUUCGUUCAACAAUAUUCAUCGAGGUGCGUUUUUAUUUCGCUGGAUGGAAUAAGGUAAUAGAGCAGAACUCUUCAUAUGUAACAGGAUAAAUCAAUCUUAAAUAAAUAAUUCAACUAAAACAACUAAACAUUUUGAGAGUAGGUCAAGUUUUUGAAUUUUUUGGUCGGUCACAAUGGUUCAUUAUUGAAAAUAAACCAAAAAGGAAGAAACUUAUGGAACACUUAACGUCUCACAUACCCGAAAACAUAAUAUAACGUUGAAAUAUUUAUUUUUAAACUAAUCAUUGUCAUUGUUUAGAAAGAGAUGGUGGAGGCCAAUACAUCCCUAUGUUAGAUACUGUAUAUAUCCAUGAUUAUUAUGAUCCUGAUCUGAACCACAAUGACAUUGCAAUCGUCCUUGCUAAGAAGAAGAUCAUCUUCACCAAUAAUGUUGGACCAGUUUGCAUCCACACGGAGCCGUUCACAUCGCGCAGUGAACACAUACUUAUACUGGGAUGGGGAAAAGUUGGAGAAGCAUUAGAACAGAGUAAGUACUUGUUAAGAGUACUUGUGAAGCGGGUUGAUACCAAAGUUUGCCAAAAGAGACUUCCUAGAGAUUUCAUCAACGACAACUUUCAUCUACAAAUAUGCACGUAUGGAGGCGCUAAAGACGCCUGCGGGGGUGACUCAGGAGGUCCGCUGUUCGUGGUGGAUAGAAGUAUGAAUCGCCUCGUCCAGGUCGCGCUAGUAUCAAUGGGGAAGGGCUGUGCGAGAUAUGGUGUACCAGCAGUCAACACGGCUCUCUUUCCCUACCUCGGCUGGAUGCAAUGGACAAUCCAAAGAUCAAUGAGGAGGCAUUUCUUUAAAAUAAUUACCGAAGCUUUAUUUGCUUGGAUCUUGUUAUUUGGCACCGGUUCUUUUUUGUAUUGUCCAAAACGAGUGUCUGCAUCUUAUCCAACAGGAGAUGACGUAUUCGCUGAGGAAGAGGAAGCGCCUCAAUCUGUGCCACUCAAGUUUAGAAAUAUUAAUCGAAACGUCAUGACAUGCAAUUGCAGUUGGGGCACCGUGCUUUAUAAAACUCAUCAAAAACGAAAAAUCCGCAAUGAGAACUCAUUCGGAGGCCGGCCGAUCAGUGAAAAAGAACGCUACCCGAUGAUGGCUGGACUCCAAACGGAAAAUGGCUGCAUGGUUUGCGCCGCUACUAUCCUCACCGAGUACCACGCACUAACUACUGCGCAAUGCGUCCAAGACAAUCCCAAGCUAACUCUGGCAGUCGGUGUCAUCAACCUGUGUAGGGAAAAGAAUGACGGAGGACAAUACAUCCCCUUGGUGGAAACCAAUUACAUCCAUGAAGAUUACGUUGCUGCUUCUAAGGAAAACGACAUAGCGAUAGUCGUUACUACAAGAAGGAUUAUCUUCAGCGAUGACGUCGGACCUACUUGUAUCCAUACAGAACAAAUCUGUAACGAAAAAGGAUCAGUUCUUGUUCUAGGAUGGGGAAAACUUUCGACAAAUACUGAAUCUAGUCCAUCGCUGAUAAAACUAUUCCUAGAAGCUGUAGAACCUGAAUUAUGCAAAAAACAGCUGGGUGGAAACGUCAUCAUUAACCAACACCUACGGCUUUGUACUACUGCAAAUAGAAAGGCAGGCUGCGCGGGCGAUUCAGGAAGUCCGCUGUUUAUGGUUGACCAAAGCGUGAACCGCAUCGUCCAGGUAGCGAUAAUGACGAAAGGGACGCUCUGUGGUAGGACUGACAGGCCGGCUACCAGUGUUGCUAUUCACCCCUAUCUCGGAUGGAUACAAUGGAAUGUCGAGAAAUCUUUAAAAAGGCAUCAUCCAAACGAUUAUAGACGAUGUGAUAGUUCAUUUUGCUACAUUACAGCACCCAACGUUAAUUAAUGAAAUUUUUUUUAUAAAUGAAAAAAGCCACAAUUGGAAGGAACCAAAAACUCAUAUUUAUUGUAUAAUAAAAAAUAAAUGUACAGUAUCUUUACUUGAUCAUUUUUUUGUUGUAUCCCUAACAAUAUACAUUCACUCAUUUUAUAUUUUAUUUAAAAUAAAGAAUAUCAAAAUCAAGCUAGUUUAUAUAUCUUGGCUCCUUAAUAACUCAGUAUGACGACGUGGGCAUGGAUGUUAGCCAUGAGCCGUGAAAAUGUUAGCAUCGUCUUUUUGCUGGUAUUGUGUUUCAUAGGUUUAAUUCUAUAAUAUGGCUACCAAAAGUUUUAAGUGGACUAUUAGCAACAUGAAUAAACAACCACUACACAUCAUACAACGUAUUACUUUCAGUAACAACAAUAAUAUUUAUUGAAAUUCGGUUUUAUAUACAUUUUUCCAGUAAGUUAAUUAGUAUAGCAUGGACAAAAUAAAGAAAUUAAUAAUGGAUCAACCACACAACUGAGCAUAAACACUAAAGAAACUAAAAAAAAUAACUAGCUCUGGAAAAAAUAAAUCAACUGCUCAAACACUGGAAAUAAAAUUAAAAAAAACUAUAUCAGCUACAUGAUGAUGUAUCACAGCUUGAGAAUAAAUGUACUGAGCUGGGGAAAAACAAAGGCAAGAAGAAAAUGAGGUGAAAUUUUUAAGAAGAAUUACUCGCAGCAACAACUCAAUUUUAUUUGUUAUUCCAGAACCUGAUAAUAAAGUUAUUUUAGAAAAAAAUAAAACAUCUAUCUGAAGAAAGUGGUGUAACAAUACCGGACUAUUCGAUUAACAAAUGUAUUAGACUAAAUAAACAAAAAUAAACCAAAUCACAGGCACAUUCUAAUAUCAUUUAAUAGUUCGAUGGUCAAGCGAAAGCUAAUGGAGAAAAAAAAAAGUGUUUGAAAACUAGAAUUACCCAAUAACACAUGAUAUAUUUCCAGGAGCCCGAAUAGAAGCAAAACAUAUUUUUCUCUUUACUUUAACUUAGAAAAAUAGAUCCAACAGUGAAUGAUAACAAGUCCGGCCAUUUUAAAUUCCAACUUUAUCGUCUGAAUGAAAUUUCGAUUUCAUUAAAUCAAAUGUGGUCGAAAAGGAAACACCUAAAAGGAAAAGAACGGACGAAAGACUAGAUUAAAGAGUUCACCCUUUUUUAAGUCUAGAUGUGCAUCUUUAUUUAGUUCCAAAACAAAUGUAUCAUUACUGCAGCAGAAUUAUAAUCAAAUGAAUAAAUGACUGAAGGACUAACAGCUGAAACACUCCCCUCCCCCCCUCCCAAAAUGGUAAAAUUUACCCAUGUUUUAUGGAAAAAAAUAUUAAAAAAUUGUCCAUUAAAGUAUUAUUGUACGUGUAAUUACAUUUAAUAGGACUUCACUCAAACACCAUUUCAUAUACGUAGUUGGUAUCUUUCUUUUUUUUUUAAUUUAUCUUUCGGGCUUAAGCCCCUCUUCCCCAAAAAUUAAAUUUUGGAUCCGAUAGUGCCUCAGGCUAUCUGUUCUUCCGCAAGUAAUUUACGUCUGUAAGAAGACCACAAAGCUACAUGCUCUAAUCAACAAGAGUAGUUAUAGCUAUUUUCGAAAUUGAUUUCCUAAGUUUGAGAACUGAAAUAUGUAAUUUAAUUUCGUAUCUCCUUGACAUAUAUAACAUGCAUGUAACCUUUUUCGCGCCAUUAACCACAAUAUUUGUUAAUACACUUUGUUAUCUUUGACAACAUGGAUUUCAUCCAUAGUGCUGGAGAUGAAGAUUCUAUUUUCAAAAUCAUGAUUGCUACUGACAUCCAUUUGGGAGUUAACGAAAAAAACGGUAUAAUAGGAAACGAUAGUUUUGUCACAUUUGAAGAAAUAUUGAAAAUAUCUAGAGAUCAAGAAGUAGAUUUCAUUCUCCUAGGCGGAGAUCUUUUCCAUGAAAACAUACCAUCCACCCAGUGUCUCCAUAAAUGUUUAUCCUUGUUGAGGAAAUAUACUAUGGGGGACAAGCCAAUUACAGUUUCCUUUGACAGUAAUCCUGAAGAGAAUUUUAAACAUUGUGAUCAUAAAGUGGUUAACUAUUUGGACCCUAAUUUAAAUAUAUCUAUUCCUGUCUACUCAAUACAUGGGAAUCAUGACGAUCCUGCUGGUUUUGGUCGUAUGUCUGCAUUGGAUAUAGUAUCAACAUCUGGUCUCAUAAAUUACUUUGGAAAAUGGACAGAUUUGAACAAUAUCAGCUUGAAACCUCUUCUUAUGUCCAAAGGCUCUUCAAACCUCGCAAUAUAUGGCCUUAGUAACAUCAAAGACGAGCGCUUACAUCGUCUAUUUGCUUCCAAAAAUAGAGAAGAAGGAUACAUAUCUAAAGUGAGAGUUCUCGCUUGGGUAUACUUGAAUUACAUAUUUGAGUAGUAUUUUGCUGUUUUCUACCAUCCUCUAAUUUUCUGGUGAAUUUUGAAGCAACGGCAAAUCAUGCCAAUAGAUUUAAUAUUCUAGUACUUCAUCAAAACAGAGCCGACAGGGGAGCAAAAAGAUAUAUCCCUGAAGAUUUUAUUCCGGAUUUCUUUGAUUUUGUUUUCUGGGGACAUGAGCAUGAGUGUCGAAUCGAUCCUGAACCCAAUAUGAAGAAAGGGUUCGUUGUCGUUCAACCAGGUAGUUCUGUUGCUACGUCCCUUUGUGAUGGUGAAUCGGUUGAAAAAUAUGUAGGUAUUCUUAAAAUCCAAGACAAGAAAUUUGAUUUGCAGAAAAUCAAGCUGCAAACCGUUAGACCUUUUGUAUUUGAAACAGCCAAGCUAGCUGAUUGGAAUAUGAAGUUACCUACGAACAAAAUGAAUGAAGCUGUGCAGGAUUAUGUAGCGAAAUAUAUAAAAAACAAAAUGUUAUCAAAAGUCCGAGAACAAUUUACUGGCCAUCCUGAUCAGCCAACCUUGCCCCUAAUCAGGCUGCGACUGGAAUAUACUGAAGAUUAUGAAGAAUUUAAUACAAAGAGAUUUUCACAAUCCCUCAGCAAAUACGUAGCUAACGUGGAUGAUGCUGUCCUCUUGAAGAGGGAUACUUCCAAUAUUAAAAGAAAGAGAAAAGGCACCGAAUACUUUGACCUAUUAGACGAAAUGAAUAGUAGUACCUUACAAGAGACCAAUGUAGAAGAUAUAACAGAAAAAUUGUUAGACGAAUCGGUCGGAAGCAAAAAGUCUCUAUCUAUGUUGUUAACUAGGACGUUGACGAUAGGUGUUAAAAAUUUCAUCGAAAAAGGAGAUAAACAAGCAUUAGAAGAUCUAGUACAUCAUAGAAUUUCAGUUGUCAAAGCAAAAUUAAAAGAAGAGUGUGUCAGCGAGGACAAAAUUAAAGAAUCUAUUUCAACAACGAUGGAAACUUCCAUGCAAAGCAAACAAAAAAUUGAGGAUGAUGCUAUGGAGUGGCUGUCAAGUUCUCAUCGCUCUGAUAGGGAUAUGAAAACUGCGAUCCGAGGAACGAUCGGAAUGAAUGAUGAUUCAGAUGAUGAGUCGUCAUUCGGUCCGUUGCCUUCAUCUUCGCAGAUAGCUUCUCCUCCAGCUAAGGGACGGGGCUCGAGAGGAGGGCGUGGUUCAAGGGCUAGAGGAACAACGACCACGAGAGCCAGGGGCAGGGCAAGAGGUAGCGCUGCAAAUACCACUGCGAACAUGUCCAUGAAUAUAUCACGCUACGCCAGAUCAAUUGUAGACGAUAUCGCUCCCAGGUCGCCUCAUAAAAAAAUCAAAUUAACAGACAAUUUUGUUGAAGAUGACAGUGAUUGAUGAACUUUUUAACACAGCUGCAUUUAUUAUGAACUGUGAUAUUUUUUUAAGUAUUUAGUUUUUAAAAAGUGUGUUACCACAGCUUGUAUGGAAGAUUGAAACCUGUGUUAUGUUAGUUUUAUCUUUUUUAUUUAUUUAUUUACUUUUUUUUUUUUUAAUGAACCAAUAUUUAUGAUUGGUUUCCUUGUCUACAUCGCUAAAUCGUUUUCCCGAAACUCUCAUAUAAAAAUUAUAUGAUCUUUUGUCAUCUGACUAAUCCAAUCUCAAGGUGAGGUGCCUUUAACAUUAUUGUAAAUAUAUACCACUAUAUAAACAUAUAUUUGUUUACUUUUGGUAGUAUGUUCUCAAGUAUUGUUUCAAUAGUAAUGCAGCACUGAAACUCAGUUUGUAGGAAAAGUCUGAAGAAUCUUUUGUUUAUUUAAAAAUAAAAAUAAAUCUUAAAAAGGUAUUGCUAAGCAGUUCCUACUCAUUCCUUAAUUAAACAUAAAGUUCCUAAAAGAAAAAAAUAUUAUUUAUAGAAUAAUUACAGUUUUGGUACUUUAAUUGUACAAAUAAUGUAUUAAUAAGCAAAUUCUUACAUGAUGUUUGUACUUAAACAUAAAUAAAUAUCAUAUUUUAUUCCUAUUCUUUGGGAACAUUUAAAAUAAAUCUAAAACUGUUUAAAGUAUUUUCAUUUUUUGUCAGUAAUUUUUUUUUAAUGCUAUUGCAAAUAUGAACUUACAUAAUUUGUUAUUUGUUAUUUAUAUAUUUUUUGUUAAUGUAUUAUGUGUGACUUAUAUUAGAAGUUAAACUGUUUUAAACAGAUAAUAUCCAAAUAGAAUUAUAUUUAUAUUAGGGUUUCAACCAAAUUUUAAAGGAACCAUUAAUAUUUUGUUUCGAUUUAAAGUUACUUUGAAAUCCUGAUAAAUAUAUAAUUCUUAUCAAUUCAAAUAGUUUUAUAUUUUUACAUUGUUUAUUUUUGUUAUAUUAUUGUCUUUGCUUAUUAUCUCCUAAUCAUUUCCAUUCUGUUAGUGAUAUAAUGUAUAGAAUAAAUGUACUUUUACUCAAAAUAAUGUAUUUAAAGAUAACAAUCAGGAAAAAUAUACGUGUUAUUUAUAUUUAUUAAAAACAAUUUUUAAGUUUUAUUUUUCCUUUUUAUCUUUGUGGACCAUUUUUGGUGGAAGUCAUUAAUAUUUUAAAUAAUUAAUAAAUAAAAGGCAUGAUCCUCUACUAAAUUCGAAUCGAACUUGCAGUUUUAGAGAUAUAGACUAUCAAGGAAAACAGGUUUACACAUAUAUAAGAAAAAGCAACAGACAGAAUUAAAUAAAAUUAACACUACAUUAUUUUUUCACUAAUACAUACCUACCUUUUAUCCAAUUUAGAGCCAUUUCUGAAAUAUUGGCAUAUCUACAAAAAUGUAUUUGAGCGUGCGUAAGCGGAAGUGCUGGUUAGAAUUUAAUAAAAUUGAUAUGGGACCAUCUAGAC